AUGGAAUCUGCACUUUGCCUCCACUAUGGCCCCUUGCCCUCUCCUCCAAGGGCCACCAGGCCCCAUUUCACCUUUAGCCAUUCUUGUCCUAUGCUUUCUUAUGCUUCCCCAAGCCACCUCAGGCUCAAAGGGUAUGCCUUCAUCAGUCCCAUAGUUAAGCAGAAAGCCCCAUCUGUUAGAGCAUCAGCAUUCCCAAUGGGUGGGAAGGCUGCACUGCACUCAUUGUUCAAUGCCUUCCUAGCCUCGAGUGAGAUAGACUCCCAAAAGGGGAGCCCUUUCAUCCUGCCUUCAAGGCCUUCAGUAGAAGAUGUUGCUGCUCUUAAGAUGGUGGCAAUGCAACUAUUGAGAUCAGGGAAGGGCACUGAGGCAGAGGAAAAACUACAAAAAGCAAUUAAGAAUUGUGAGGAUGAUCCUGAGCCUGAAUACAAUUUGUCAAUAGCUUUAGCAGAAAUUCUCAUAUUCCAGGCAAAAUACAAAGAAGCUCACGAGUGUCUCAAGCACCAACUUCACCCUUCCGAUGGUCGAUUUCCUCUUUAUAAGGCUAUUGUACAUACUAUGUUGGAUGACAAAGUCGAAGCAAAGAAAUGGUGGAAAAAGUUUAUAACUAUCAUUGAAGGUGGGUUCGAUAUACCUAUAGAGGGCGAGCCCGAUAUACCUAUUGAGGGCCAGCCCGAUAUACCUAUAGAAGGCCAGCCCGAUAUAUUUUGA